AUGACUGCAGAAAUUUACAAUGAGACAUUGAUCAUGAUAGAAGAUAUGUGUUUAUCAAAGGCUAAUAAAGUAUUGUCGUGUUUGGGAAUGACAUCACCAAAUCGUCAUAUGCACGAUGCAUUAAACCACGAGUUGCAAAGAGAACAUCAGUACGACAUUGAAGCAUUGGCCGAAACAGUUCGUACAAAUGUUCCACAAUUAAAUCAACAACAAAGAAUUGCGUACGACACUUUGAUAGAAGCUGUGAACAGUGGAUCUGGUGGAAUUUAUUUCCUUGAUGCUCCCGGAGGAACCGGAAAAACGUUUUUAAUUUCAUUGCUUUUGGCGAGGAUCAGAUCGCGAAAUGAUGUUGCUCUAGCGUUGGCUUCAUCUGGAAUAGCUGCAACUCUGCUAGAAGGCGGGCGAACUGCACAUUCUGCCUUGAAAUUACCACUAAACAUGCAAAUCACCGAAACACCAAUUUGCAACAUCGCCAAAAAUAGCGUAAUGGCCAAGAUCCUACAGGUAUGCAAAUUGAUUGUUUGGGAUGAAUGCACAAUGACCCAUAAGAGGUCACUGGAGGCACUGGACAGAACGUUGAAAGAUCUUCGUGACAACCAAAAUAUUUUCGGUGGGGCCAUGAUUCUGUUGUCAGGUGAUUUUCGUCAGACUCUUCCAGUUAUUCCCCGAUCAACUGUUGCUGAUGAACUAAAUGCAUGCCUAAAAUCAUCAAAUUUGUGGCAGUACGUAAAGCCACUCCACUUAACAACUAACAUGCGAGUAUUUUUGCAGCAAGAUGAAACUGCAAAUGUGUUUGCGAAGCAGUUGUUAGACAUUGGAAAUAAUAAAGUUGCAGUGGACACCUCGACCGGAUUCAUCACAUUACCUACAGAUUUCUGUCACAUCACAGACUCAAAAGUGGAGCUUAUUCAGCGAGUUUUCCCAGAUAUAGCGCAAAAGUUCAAUAACCAUAAUUGGCUGGGUGAACGAGCAAUAUUAGCAGCGAAAAACAAAGAUGUCGAGGAUCUUAAUGCGACCAUUCAGAAUUUUCUUCCAGGACAGUUGGUUUCCUUCAAAUCAGUCGACACCGUAAUGAACCAGGAUGACGUAAUCAACUAUCCCACUGAGUUCUUAAAUUCACUGGAAUUGCCUGGAUUACCACCUCACAAUUUGCAGUUAAAAGUAGGAUCAGUUGUCAUCAUGCUGCGUAACAUUAAUCAACCUCGACUAUGCAAUGGAACAAGACUGGCUGUGAAAAGACUGAUGAAUAACGUCAUUGAGGCGACAAUCAUAAAAGGAAAAUACAAAGGAGAGGAUGUCUAG